GCGGCGGCGGCGGCUCCGGGGGGAAGGCUCCGGGAACCCGGGAACGGCACCGGGAGCGGCUCCGAGCGCGGCCCACCCCGCACCGGCAACAUCCCCGCCCGCCCCCCCCGCCUGCCCCGCAACCCGCCCCCCUCCCCCGUGAUCCGCCCGCGCCGCCCCCGCAGUUGGCAGGAGGGAGAAAAUGAAAGCAGGCUGCAGCAUUGUGGAUAAACCUGAAGGAGGAGGAGGGUAUCAUUUCCCGGAGUGGGCUUAUAAAACCGAGUCCAGCCCUGGCUCCAGGCAGAUCCAGCUGUGGCACUUCAUCCUGGAGCUGCUCCAGAAGGAGGAAUUCCGCCAUGUCAUCGCCUGGCAGCAGGGAGAGUACGGCGAGUUCGUCAUCAAGGACCCCGACGAGGUGGCCCGGCUGUGGGGGAGGAGGAAAUGCAAACCCCAGAUGAACUACGACAAGCUCAGCAGGGCCCUCAGAUAUUACUACAACAAGAGGAUCCUCCACAAGACAAAGGGCAAGAGGUUCACCUACAAGUUCAACUUCAACAAGCUGGUGAUGCCCAACUACCCCUUCAUCAACAUCCGGCCCAACGAUCCCUCCAUAGACCCCUGGGGGGGAUGGAGCAGCAUUUUGGGGUGA